AUGGAGGAAGGAGCUAUGAGCCCAUUGCCUACAUGUCAGGUAAUAGAAGAAGGGGUUAUGCCUAUGCCUGAACUAGAUGACCUAAUGCAGGAAUGGUCUGAAGAGAUGGAAAGUAAAUUGAAAAGCGAAGGGUUUCCGGAACCAAACGACAUGUCCCUAUCAGAGUAUAUCGAUACGCUUUGUAAUCUGUUCCAAAUACCAUCAGCUAAGAAGAAGAUCCAUUCGAUUCAUCUGCUAUUGUGUUUGUACGCGGCAAUCAAACAAACGCAGUUCUACCGAGCAACAUCGGUUGUUUCCAGUGAAAAAUCAACGAACGCCUCCACGAAUCCAAAACAAGAAGCUGAUCAGUUGGUUUUGGAAUGACUGAUUGGAAUGUAAUAGAAUUAGCGUUCAAUUUCGAAUAAAGCAG